CAAUAUCUUCAUCUUCAACAUCAUCCACAUCCUCAUCCUGGAUGCAGCAUCUCAGUGCGCCCGAGCACGAGCUCAUGUUCACGUGAAGAAAAAACGUGUUAAUUAUUUUACAAGUAUUAUUUAUAAUCCACUUCUUAUUCUUCUUCUUCUUCCAUGAUGCGUAAGCGGAAAUGAUGCUGAGCUGCUGAUCCCACCUGCUCUCUCUCUCUCUCUCUCUCUCUCUCUCUCUCUCUCUGAGCUGCAUUAGAGAGCACCAACACCCACAGAGUAGCUCUGUCCCUAUAAUCACUCUAUCCAUUCCCCUUAUACCUCUUAGCACCAUGCUGCUUUGCUGAGACUGUCUCUCUCUUUCUCUUUCAUUCUUUCCUACUCCCUCUUUUUCUUUCUCUCUAUAAUGAGUCGUUUCCUAUCAAAGCUGGACCCCAGACGUGUCCAGUGGGGGGCAUUCGGCUCCCGUGUCCUCCGCACCAAGCCAGUGGAGUCCAUGCUGGAAAGCGAGAGCAGCAGCAAAUUGGCACGUGUCUUGACGACCUUUGACCUCGUCUCCCUUGGUGUUGGCAGCUGUGUCGGUACGGGAAUGUAUGUCGUAUCCGGGCUGGUUGCUAAGGAAAUGGCGGGCCCAGGGGUCAUCGUGUCGUUUAUCAUUGCUGCGGUGGCCUCCAUCCUGUCAGGAGUGUGUUAUGCCGAGUUCGGGGUGCGCGUCCCGAAGACGACGGGUUCCGCGUACACCUACAGCUACGUAACGGUGGGCGAGUGUGUGGCCUUCUUCAUCGGCUGGAACCUGAUACUGGAGUAUCUGAUCGGCACGGCGGCCGGAGCGAGCGCUCUGAGCAGCAUGUUCGACUCGCUCGCUAACCACAGCAUCAGCUCCUUCAUGAUCAGCCAUGUGGGCACGCUCAGUGGCCUGGGUAAAGGUGAGGAGGCAUAUCCUGACAUUCUGGCCCUCAUCAUUGCCAUCCUCGUCACAGUUAUCGUGGCUUUGGGGGUGAAGAACUCAGUAGGCUUUAACAACGCCCUGAACAUCAUCAACCUGCUCGUCUGGGUCUUCAUGAUGAUCGCCGGCUUUUUCUUUGUCGACAGCUCCAACUGGGACGAAGGACGAUUCCUUCCAUUCGGCUGGUCAGGGGUGAUGCAGGGAGCAGCCACGUGUUUCUACGCCUUCAUCGGCUUCGACAUCAUCGCUACAACAGGAGAGGAGGCCAAGAGUCCAAACACCUCCAUCCCCUACGCCAUUACAGCAUCUCUCAUCACCUGUCUCACUGCCUACGUCUCUGUGAGUGUGAUCCUCACCCUGAUGGUGCCCUACACCCUGAUCGAUGCCGACGCCCCUCUGAUGGAGAUGUUCUCUCAGCACGGCUUUUACUCAGCCAAGUACGUGGUGGCUCUCGGCUCCAUCGCCGGACUGACCGUCAGUCUGCUCGGCUCGCUCUUCCCCAUGCCUCGUGUCAUCUACGCCAUGGCCGGGGACGGCCUGCUCUUCAGGUUCUUGGCUAACGUGAGUUCGUACACAGAGACGCCGGCGGUGGCGUGUGUGGUGUCGGGUUUCCUCGCCGGCCUUCUCGCCCUGUUGGUGAGUCUACGCGAUCUGAUCGAAAUGAUGUCCAUUGGCACGCUGUUGGCCUACACGCUCGUCUCCGUGUGUGUGCUGCUGCUGCGCUACCAGCCUGAGAGCGACAUCCACGGCUUUGUCAACUUCCUGUCUGAGCAGGAAGUGGCCAGGAAGAGGGAGAGCGAAGAGAAGGACGAAUACGAAGAAGGCGAUGAGUACAACAACGAUGACAGUGGCGGGUGCAUCUCAACAAACACAUGCGGCGCUAAGAAUCUCCCUUCGCUAGGCGACAAUGAGAUGUUAAUCGGCAAAUCGGAUAAAACCAAGUCAAGCUAUUCGGCUAAUCAUCCGAACUACGGCACUGUGGAUAAAUCGACCGGGAUCGAGUCUGAUGACAUGGAGAAUGUGUAUGUUCAGAAGUUAAAGAGGCUGAUGGGGCCUCGUUAUUACACCCUGCGGAUCCGGUUAGGUCUUCCUGGAAAGAUGGACCGUCCUACAGAGUCCACUGGAAGGACGGUGACCCGCUGCGUUCUCCUGCUGUUUGUCCUCGUCUUCGCUUUCUGCUCACUGAUCACCUUUGGCGCUGGAUUUAUCGCUGAGGGACACUGGUGGGCCGUGACGCUGCUUGUUCUGCUCGUCAUCUCCAUCUCGCUGCUCGUCUUUAUCAUUGUGCAGCAGCCGGAGAACCCAAAGCGUCUUCCCUACAUGGCUCCCUGCGUGCCGUUCGUCCCCGUCUCCGCCAUGUUGGUCAACAUUUACCUCAUGCUCAAACUCUCCGGCAUUACCUGGAUCCGCUUUGCUGUCUGGUGCUUCAUAGGUGUGUUGAUUUAUUUCGGCUAUGGGAUGUGGAACAGCACGCUGGAGAUCACCGCUCUGGAGGAGGAAGCUCAUGCCAGCACAUACCAACGCUACGAUAUGGGUGUGGACGACAACGUCGCCGUCGACGAUGACCUUUGCCCUCCAAGAGACCGGAAACCCCAAAGCAGGACCGAGAACCAGGAGCGCAACUCGAGCGACGUUUCAGAUCCCAAAAAGCCCUCGUCAUCCCGCAGUAAAGUUAAAAACAAGAACAUGAAACCCAGCUUCGAGGCUCUGGUGGUGGACGACGAACUGGACGAGCCGCUGGAGUGAAACCUGGUCCACGCUGAUGGACUCUUGGGCUAGAUGGUUCACUCCAAAGUUUUAUCUAUUUAGCUAUUGAUCUGGUUUUCUUCUGUGUUUUUAAUUUAACUACAGACUGAAAAACGAAUGAUUAUCUUUUAACAGUCCUACUGCGUAUCUUUGCACUUUGCUUGCUCUCACACACUCCAAAGACACACCGUUAUCACUUUUUUCCUUUUCUAGAAUUCAAUUUUUUCACUGUAAAGCCUCCGUAAUUAACGUGUUAUUUAUCAGAUGCUAGCUCGCUCGCUAGUUCUAACAGCAGAAACAUGUCAGAAGGUUGCGACGGAGUAAAUACGUCAUUCCGCUAAAAAGUUUCUAAAACAUAUUCUGCAUAAACUGCGUUAGGAUACGAUUUAGCAAACUAGCAUACUGGGAUUAGCCCCCAAACCGGUACACAACUUUGCCACACCAGUUAUCAUAUAAGAACCAACAACACGACAGAUCACGUCAGAUUUAAUUCACGAACAUGAGCGUUUCUUUAUAGUUUGUUUUUUUUCGAAUGGAAAGAAAUAAUAUGUCAUUUGUUUAAUUGUAAAUGUCUUAAGUUGGAUUCAGUUGAACCAUAUCUCUUGUACAGAGUAGAGUACCUGACGUGCCGCAGGUUAACAUGGCACCGACACGCACAGCCGAUCGCUCACUUCCUGUUUACUUCCUGUUCUGUUCAGUGUCCAGGAAGCUGAGGAAGAUCUUGUCUACGAUCGGAGAAAAAAAAACGUGUGAAACUACGUAAAAGCGUACCACAGCUUCAGCUUUACAAUUGGAAGCUCAGAGCUUUGAGAAUGAACCGUCGUCUGUAACCUGCUGAUUAGUUUCCAGCAAAUUUCCACUUUCCAUUUUUUGCUGUAACCAAAACCGUCGCAGUGCUUCUGACUGUUUUUAAAGAAUCUCUUAUCAGAGUCUUGUUUCCUUCUGACAUCUAGCCCAAGAGGUGGCGCUGUGAGCAUCCACGGUGUGCUUGUGAUUAGUGCCUUCAUGCGUCACGGUGUGUGUGUGUGUGUGUGUGUGUGUGUGUGUGUGUUUGUUCACGCCUGCUCAUGCUUACCCACACCUGGAUCUGUGUGUCUUCAUUAUUUUUCCGUCCGAGGAAAAAAAAAAUCCAUGACGUCUUUACUCAUUUCCAGAUGUUGAAUCAUUUGUGCCUGUUAGUCUGCCAUGGUCCACCAUUUCCUGCUAGCGUUACACAAAAACCCUUCCCCCUGAUCUCAUGCCGUUUCACACGAACUCAGUCGAGUUUGUGUCAAAACAUCCAAUCAUACGAAUGCACAGCUGUGAGAUCGAAACCCAGGGAAUUCGGCACGUAGUCAACGCACCUCAAUUCAGUUGUGUCGCAUGUAGAAUGUGGAAAAAUAACGUUGUGUGUAAUUUGCAUGCGUUGGAAAAAGAAAACGCCCAAAUCAUCUCUCCAGCUGCGAUUAAAUACUGAUCUUAAUACUGUAAGUCCCCUCGGACGUGUGAACGGCUGCCGUGUUGGUGUUCGGUGUUGAAAUAAAAGCGAUGAGAUCAAGAAAGCCACGGCCUGGUUUUAGCCGGUUUCACUCAACAAAAAGGGGUGGGGAUUAAACGAAAGGGGGCAGGUUUAAUUGAAA